CGGGCUCUUAUUGGCUGAAGCUCACGCUGCCGCAAUGGAAUUGGAUAGUUUCACAGUGACGUUUGACACACGAGACAGCGCUGCAUCCAGGCGAGAGUGAGUGGAGUCCAGCGGUCUCAGCUGGAAAAAACAUCGUUUUCGACAUGGCGAUAACAGCGGACCACAUCAAGAACAAACUUAUUAAGGAGCUUUCGGCAGCGCAUGUGGCUGUCCAUCACCCUGAAACCCAGCAACAGCACUGCAGCAUCCAUCAUGACUGCAGCGCGUCGAUGCAUAAUGACGUGCUGGUUUUUGCAGGACGUGGAGGACACCUCGCCCAACAGAUGUGCCGCCAGCUUCAAAGUCCUGGUGGUGUCGCCGCAGUUUGAGGGCAAAGCGCUGCUGCAGAGACACAGGAUGGUGAACUCGUGUCUCGCUGAGGAACUGAAAGAAAUUCACGCCUUUGAGCAGAAGACGCUGACUCCAGAGCAGUGGGACAAGCAGAAGUCGCAGUGAUGCUCCUCACCCUCUCAUCUUUCCAGUCAUGUGAGAAGCAGCUGGAGGCUUUGUACUGUUUGAAAUCCAACCAGAUCUGCUGUAGUUUACUUUCAACAAUAAAACCCAGACCUUCUUAUUUUU